CGGAGUCGGGGUCUGAAUCGGGGUCGGAGUCGGGGUCUGAGUCUGAGAUUGAGGUGAGGAUGUAGAGGUAGAGGAUCCAAAUAUGCCGCCGCUCCAGAGAGAUCCACCGUUUCCUGGUGGGCCGGUUGAGUUGUCACUUCUGCAGCAUUACCCGGAUCACAUAGCGCCGUGGACGUGGCAUACCCUACUAGGCACCACUGACCCUCGUUAUUCUGAGCGAGGUGAUUUGAGGCUUGCCACUGCUGGUACGAAGCUCGGGCUGAUGACGUGUGAGGGGGACAAUUACAGGGAGGUCCGCUUGAUUGUGGAGAGGAGCGGACUGUAUCCACUGGUCAGGUGCAGCUAUGUAGAGACGGAUCCAGGGCUUAUAUCGGCCCUUGUGGAGAGGUGGCACGAGGAGACUAGUAGUUUCCACAUGCCAUUUGGGGAGAUGACUGUCACCCUUGACGACGUCUCCGCUCUUCUUCACAUCCCGGUUGGUGGGAGAUUCUACACUCCAGGAGUGGCCUCGAGAUAUGAUGUGGCAGAGACCUGCGCUUUACUGUUAGGGGGGGAUGCAGAUUUGUACAUGGCUGAGUUUGAUGUGAAGAGGGGUCCGACUAUGAGGUUCAGCUUCUUGCGAGACCUUUACCCGACAGCUGUUGCAGGUUUGUUUCAUUCAUUAUCUGAACUUUUUCCAACUAUUAUUUAUAUUUACUUAAUCAUAAUUGGUAUUACAUUGUAAUGUAGAGGGGCGGUACGAGCAUGCAGCCAGGAUGUACCCGAUGCAUCUUGUUGGCGCGACAUUGUUCGCCGACAAGAGUGGGGGGCACUCAUUCUCCGCCCGUUGGAUUGGCAUGCUACAGGAUCUUGAGCGGGUGUCGGAGUUCGCGUGGGGCGCCAUGGCCCUUGCCACGUUGUACGACCAGCUUGGACAGUCUUCUCGCAGCGGGGUCAAACAGAUGGGCGGUUACACUUCCCUGUUGAUGGCCUGGGUCUUUGAGCACUUUCCAGACAGGCUCGUUCGCCGGUAUGCGAACCCGGCUUACACAGAGGACCAGCCCAGAGCUCGUAGGUGGACAGAGUCACGGUCGGGGCAUGCUAGGCUUGACGAGAGGCGAGUACUACUUGAUGAGUUGACGGCCGACGACGUCACUUGGACUCCAUAUGAGGCCCACAGGGAAUGGCGACAGCGGGGUGAGAGGGCUUUGUUCUCAGGCUACAUUCGGUGUCCCUAUCCCCCUGCUGUGCGACCUCAUCUUCCGGAGCGGGUCAUGCGACAGUUUGGGUAUAUACAGACGAUCCCGCGCCACCCUAGUGAGAUGGAUAGAUCUCCCGCAGCUGAGGCUGUUGAUGCGGCAUUCGCAGAUUAUGUGCAGUACUUGUUCCCUGAGGGCGACCCUGCUAUAGAGGAGGGACAGGCUGUGGGCGGUUACAUGGAUUGGUACGCUAGAGUGUCUCAUUGUUUCAUCAUAUCGGAUGAGAGGAGGAUUGAUCUCAGUGCCGUGUCUGCUUUGCGUAGGGCUUUAGAAGUCCUUGAGUUGUCACUUGAGGUGGAUGAUGCUUUGCUGCCAGGCACACAGGCCCGCGCUUUAACGGAGAGAGCACUUCGCAUCCUCCAGGACUUGGCUGGGACACAGGGCAUUGCUUACGCUGCUGGGAGAGGAGGUCUGGGAGCAGGUGGCCGAGCAGGUGGCCGAGCAGGUGGCCGAGCCGGUGGCCGAGCAGGUGGCCGGGAGGGCGGCAGGGCAGCAGGUGGCCGGGAGGGCGGCAGGGCAGGAGCCAGGGGAGGCCGUAGGGGUAGGGGAGGUCGUCGGGGUAGGGGACAGUAGGGGACAUUAGUUGUAUGAACAUUUUGUUGACAUUACUAUUACGAUAUUAGGGGACUAUGUAUUUUGCACUACUAUUUCGGAUUAGUAUGAGUUUUAUGUUCACUUUAACGUAUGUUUUUUUUUUUUUUUUUUCACUUUUACCCUAAACCCUAAUAAUUUGUGAGCUUUAU